AUGGUUUCCGUCUCUUCGACGUCUCAGACUUGCACUACCUCUUCUUCUGCACCAAUCAUGUAUUAUCCUCCCAUCACCCAGUACAACUCUAACAAUAUAAACGCCAACUCACAGGUCAUACUUAAGAAUGAUCGCUUACAAGACUCAACAACCAACAAGACAUACAAACGAGGACAACUCCUGUUUAUUGAAUGGUGUCUUAAAAACAAUCUCUCACCUGAUGACUUUUGUAUGAAACAACAAUUUAACCUGACACCUUCUACUCUUCAGCUCUAUCAAUUCGGUAUUACUCGCUUUCAUGCAGAUCCCGAUAGCAUUCGUAAAGGUAACUCUCUCAAUAAGUUUAUCUCUAUUCUCCUGGACCAGGCACUUCCUGUACGGACUCACUGCCCAAACAUUGAUCUAAGUCCUACAUUUCAGCAUCUUGCGGAUUUGAGUAACUAA